AUGUCCACUACAGGCUCUCCUUGGUUUACUGGAUCAGUUAUGGAAGCGGUUAAUCUGGCAACAACCAAGAAUGUUAUUUUCAUGGUCUACAUUUAUGACGAAAAUGAGGAAAGUCAACAAAUGAAUAAUAUAACUGAAAAUUCAAAUUCCGCAAAAACCAUAAAAGAUAAGACUGUCGCACUUCGGAUAUCUCGUGAUUCAGAGGAAGCUAUCAUGUUUG